CUUUUCCUCUUCGAUUAUCCAGGUCGCAGGUGUUUUACGAUGAGAGCACCGGCCUCCAAUCUCUACUUUUCGGAUUCUACAAUGGAUUUGCGUCACGUAGUCUAUGCUGCGCCUAAAGUUGUUCCUCUAAUAACCUUGAAAGUCUGAAUUCGGUCAAUCCGAUAGCACUGCUAUCAAAAUGUCUUGGACGAAGACAAAUCAAUUCCACCAACUCCAUGCGCUUCUAGCGAUGCCAGCUUCGCUACGGCUAGUCUUGGUUGGCAACACUUCUCGACUACGAUUUAGUCCUACAUACAAUCCUUUGACAAACCUUAGACACUAUGCCUCGAGGUCAAGAAACAGAAAAGGGAACUCGGCUGAAAUCGCUGCCUUCUCUCUCCCGGAAUUUAGUCCGGCUGGCACCACUCCGGUUGGACACAUCUCGCACGAGGAACUCGACAAGAAAACCAUUUUAACCCCCUUCCGUCACCUUCCUCUCGAUCAAGGGCUGAGAGCCUUGUUUAUAAAUUCCACUCCCAAACUAUGGGAUUCCACCGCAGAUUUCUAUUUGCUCAGGAAGAACACGCGCGUUCCCGAAGUCGCCAUUCUUGGUCGGUCCAACGUUGGCAAGUCAUCCUUCAUUAACGGGGUCUCUCACACUUUUAGAAGCACGUUGGCGCCUACCAGUCAGAAGGCUGGAAGGACGAAGUCGAUAAGGUUGUACGGGUUUGGGCCGCCGCCAACCGUACAAGAUUUCGACAGCCAGGCGCCGAUGACGGGCCCGGAAAAACCCCAUCAAUAUUCUCUUUAUGUCGCAGAUACGCCCGGAUAUGGUGAGAAUUCGUUGAUAGCAUGGGGAGACCAUGUCAAGUUAUACCUGGAGAAGAGGGCGAAUCUAAAGGGGGUUAUAGUGCUGAUUGAUGGCGUGGUUGGGCCAAAACGCACAGAUGCGGAGUUGUUUAAGUUGCUAUGCUCCUUGGAAAUGAGGACUAGCAUCGUUCUCACUAAGGUAGACAAAGCCCUUGAGUGGGUGAACCGUCUGCGCCUAACAUGUCGUAAUUUGGAAAUACUUAUCCGCAAAAUUCGAAAAGAGCAGGUGGAAAAGAACUGGAUCGUGGAUUGGGAUGUGUAUGUUACCGCUUGCGACGCACGUGACAGUAACCUCCUACAUGCGACGCUAAAGAGUGCGAGGAUAGCUGUUGUUCGUCAAGCCGGUAUGGUGGAAGACAACCUACCAGAGACGGACAGGAAUAAAAAGUGGUCCGGCGAUAUUGUUUCGUUUGAGGACCUGCAGUACAAGACGGAUGAGGAUGCUCCCACAACCGCUCCGGAGGCCAAAGUGGUAAAUACUCCUCCUGAGAUUCGAGCCGCCCCCGAAAAGAAAAAUGUCCUCGAAAAGAAGAAUGCCCCGAAAAAUUCCUUUUCUUUCGCCGAACUAGAACGAGCCUCGUCAAUGCAGCAACGUGUUCGUCCUAGAUUCGGACGGAGCCGGUUUUUUCACACUUCAUCAGACGUUAAGUCUAUGUUGGAACCACAGUCUAAGGCUUUCGUCCGAAAGUUCCACAGUGCGACCAAGAAGCAUGGAUCGUCGCAAAGUCCCUCUCGUAAGACAGAUGAGGACGUCUUUGAUGCCUUUAUCAAUGAUUUGAGGUAUUCCAGCACGAAGGGGAACUACGCGCGAAACGUGCGAGAUUCACUUAACAAGAACAACUUACCACCUAUGCCGCCUCUGCCUCCGAAAAGGAUUCGAAAACGUACCCCAGAAAUAGCGGGUCUGGCGUCGAAACUGAAAGUCAAGAGACUAAAGCUUGCGGAAAUAGAGAGAGAGAGAGAAGUGGCUGGAACGAAGCAGAGGGGAGGGACCAAGGCGAAGAAAGCCCCGAUCGAUGACGAUGAUUGGCCAGCGAUGCCCCAGCGAAGUAGCAAGAAGAAAGGUUCAGGAGGGUUGGGCGACAUCAUGAGUCCUGAUGCAUUCAAGACCAUGGUAACAUCGUCUGACAUUCCGCCGGAAAUGGAGGAAUUGACAGGGUCAAAGAAGAAGAAGAGGGGCAAGAAAUCUAAAUCUAAAUCUAAGAAGUCAAAAGCUGGGAGGUCGGAGCCGCUCGACCCUUUUGAAGCUAAGUUCGGCGAUGCAUUCACAGCAAGUAAGCAGAAGAUUCCUGCUCGAAGCUCGUUUUAGAGGGGUUUCGUCGGCGUGGCGAUGCGCAUGGAAAGCAUGCUGCGUUCUCGUCUAUGUUGUACCUUGUGUAUAUCUAUGAAUUCGAUAGGUCCCAAUGUACAAAUGCCAAUUCAACUCCUACCGUCAGGAGCUCUAAUGACCUAUGAACUGUGAAGUUGUUGGUAGGACC